AUGAAUUAUCACUCAAUGAGAUUGACAUACUUCUGGAUUAAAGAUGGUCUAACUUUAAUGACUAAUUUUUUAAAAAGUUCAGAAGAGGAUGUACAAAAAAGGGCGAUUAGAGGAAUUGCAUUACAUGCAUCAACUCCUUUUGAUGGAGAAGUUGAUGAUGAUACAGAUGAUCAAAUAAUAAAGGCAAUACUAUAUGGAAUGGCAAUUAUUUUAAAUUUAGUAAAAUCAUCAAGUGAAGGAGUUCAAUUAGAAGUGACGAAGGGAAUAAAUAUGGUGUUUUCGAAUAAAAAAUUUAUAAUUGUGACCUUCAAAGAAGGGGUUUCAGUUAUAAUGAAAUUACUAGAGUCUACGAAUAUAUCUAUUCUUGAGGAGGCUAGUAAUGGAUUAAGGAAUGUGCGUGAAAGAUUGCAUGAAGUAAUGUCAGAGAAUAAAUAUAAGGAAAAUGUUGUUGGUACACUAGCAUGUAUGACAUCAGAUGAAAAAAUAAGCAUAGAAAUUAGUAGAAAUAGUUGCUUAGAUGCCCUUGUGACUAUUACUCAAGAGUGCUUGUUUGUUGGAGUAUUGGAGCUGGUUGCUUUUGUCUUUGCUAACUUGACAAGAAUGGUACAUACAAAUGACAACAGUAUAAUAGCUGGACACAAAUUAGGUGUUCUUCAAAGACUUGUAGGACUCAUUUGUUCAGAAGAUAAACAUAUCUGCGAAAAAACUGUUGAGGCACUUCAUAACUUGUCUUUUGAUGAACGGAACCGGAAAGAAAUUGUAGCAGUUGAUGGCAUCGAAGCUUUGAGCACGGUUGAUCCGGCUUAA